AUGGAUAUUUGGAAAUAUAUCGUUAGGAUAAAGAUACCCAGUCCGAUGAGCUACGUGAGCACGAUCCUUUUAUUAAUCUUCACAACUGGUGUCUACAAACAGUUGACGUUAACCCAAAAAACUGCCAACAAUUGUGAGAUGACAUUUAUGUUCGAAUACCCUCAUUUUGUCGAAAUCUCUGUGCCCAUGAACAGGGGRAAGUAUAAUUUGUACGCUUACACUGAAGGCCAAACAAUGGAGAAAAUAAAAUCUAUGAAGUUUUAUGGUACGCCAGUAAUUUUUAUACCUGGACACAGUGGAUCGUACAGACAAGUUCGGUCCAUUGCUUCAGUUAACAUUAGAAAGAUGUACCAUAUUCAAUCAAAUAUAAAGUUUGAUUUUUUUACUGUUGACUUGAACGAAGAAUAUUCUGCUGUCUUUGGAGGUGUUUUAUUACAGCAAACAGCAUUUGUUUCCAAGUGUAUUGAUACAAUCAUAAAAACAUAUGAAUAUGACUACAAACCUACAUCAAUUAUACUUAUUGGACAUUCUAUGGGUGGUAUUAUAGCCAAAGGAUUGUUCAUUGACCCUUCGUUUGAUACCAACCUCGUAGAAUUGAUUAUUACUCUUGCUACUCCCCACAGGCCUUUGUUUUUAGCUGAUCACUAUAUGGAUAGUUAUUAUGAUCAAGUGGAAAAAAUUUGGGGGAACGGAUUAGAUAAGCCAAGGUCUUCAUUUCUGUCAAAUAUUUCACUACUAUCCAUUGGCGGCGGUCAUCGAGAUUUAAUGGUUUGGCCUUGUCUGACGUAUACUCCACAUGCUGACAUUAAUGCAUUAAGUUUAGCCAUACCUGGUGUCUGGACUUCUACUGAUCAUCAGUGUAUAUUGUGGUGUAAAUCAUUGGUCAAAUCCAUUGUAAGAGUGUUAUUUGACUCCGCAGAAUCCGAAUCGAACGAUUCAAUUUAUGAAUGGAGAAAAAAAGUAUCUUCUUAUCAUUUUGACAAACGAAGUAAUGGAAAAUGGUUUCAUUCUAACUUGCAUCCCAUUACUAUAAAAUUGAAAGAACCCAAUGUGAUUGAAUGGAAUGAAACAUAUAAGCAUCAAAGAUCAAUUUCAUUGGAGAAAGGAACUGCAAUGCCAAUUGUCAUUCAUCUGCCUUUGUUUGAAAAAUCUGUUAACUAUGAAAUGACAGCUGAAGCUGUAAAUAUUGAAUACCAUGAUUGGGUAUUUUCAUGUAAACCUGAUCAUCAUUCAAAAAAACAUUGUUUAUUUGGCACCAAUUGGUCCUCUAAUAGUACUAUAUCAGUUUCAAARCAUAUGAAAAGAAGACAUAUUACUUUAAAGAUGCCUGACAUAUAUAAAUUGGGUCAUUCAAACUUGGUUUUCAAAAUCAAAAAUACUAAAAAACCUACUGCUUUGAAUAUUGACUUGUAUGAAGCUAGUGAUAGAACUAAUCAAAUUUUGUGGCGAUUUUGGUAUGGAGUUUUUGAUAGACAUCUGUUAUGGAAAGUCAAUGUUUUUGAAACGAUUCAGUACAAAACUAUUCUGCGUGGUUGGUCAUCUAGUAUAUGCAUGCAUUGUGUGUAUAAUGUGCACAUGGUACCCAUAAAAUGCUCUAAAAAACAUCAUCAUGCUGUUUCUAAAUUUAUUGUACCGUGGACACAAGGUGUUUUGCAUGGUAUCACCAGUGACAGUUAUAUAGAACCUCUGAGAAUAUCUUUAGAAAACAUUCCUCUAUCAAAUACAUCAAAAAAUCCAUAUUUGCAAUUCAUAUUAGACCCAACUUGCAACUAUCGUAUUGAAUUAGAUCUAUCUAUUAUGGACACAAUUGGAACAAUAGGAUUGAAAUAUGGAUUGACAUUUCCCUCAUACAUUGGAAUUAUAAUACUGUUUGUAUUGUCAAAUCAAUUUUCACAAUUGGCCGAUUCAACUAUAGAUGAUUGCUCAAUAUAUCACUACUCCUUACCAUCUAUAAUUAAAGUUUUCAAGAUGUUAGCUGUUACAACUUGUUUUUUAACUGCUAUACAAUAUCAGUGGCCUAACAUCAAUAAACCAAUUGGUGGUAUAGACUGGCUUGGACAUCCAUUAAAGACAAUGGUGUUUUCAUCAUUGCUAUAUUGUAUAACCAAUUCAUUUAUGUAUUUUGCUACUGUAGCACUAUGGAUGAUGAUGUUGUUUUGGGGGAAAGYCAUAAAUGAACUGUUGGUCCGGUUUAUAAUGAAAACAUUGCAGAAAAAUGCUACAUUAUCUGACUGGAUAUUGUAUGGAUUUGGAAAAUUACCAAUAGCUGUUUCAAUGAUAGCCAUUUUAAUUUCUUACCAUACUUGUGGUACUGUUGGACUUGUUAUUUCAGCGUUUUUCUAUUAUUUCUUACUAUGUACAAUGGUACAAGACUGCAUUGACCAGUUGAUUUAUUAUCCAGUGAUGUUUUUCAAAGAUUAUUUUAUAAAAGGCGAAAAACCCAGUUUGAAUUUAUCGCUCACAUCCAUCCACAUGCAUUUUUCACUGUUUUUAUUGUGGUUACUAAUUUGCGGUUGUCAUCUGCCAUGUAGCAUUGAAUGGGCACGGAAUUACCAUCAAAGCAAAUACCUAGAUCCAGAUCCAUCAUGGAUUUCCUCCUUAAUACUAAAUACAUGUGCUGGUAUUUUAUGGCAGAUGAAUAUCCCCAAACGUAAUCUGAAAUUCUACGCACAAUUAAGUAACCUUUGUAUGGUGGCUUCAAUUAUUUUGUUUUUGUUCUGCCAGACUGCAUUAUUUCGAAUAGCUCCAAUUUUAACAUUGGUUUUUUUAAUCAUCACUUUGCAUCAGUGUUUUAGUUCUUGGAUCGGAGUACAAGAUUUGAUUGAUAACCAAGUAAAUAGUGCUAAUGAUAAGAUGCCACACAAAAAAAUGGAGUAGAUUAAACAUUUCAGUAAGUUUAUAAUAAUAUUAUAUUAUAUAUGUAUAGUUGUUUAAGGUGGACUGGCAAGAGUGUGUUAAUCGCACCUGGUUAGUUUGAUGUUGGGAUGGGGGCUGACAAUUAUUUAACAAUAUUAAAUUAAGGCUUAUUACUUUAAGUUAAUGAUUGUGUAAUUCUGGUAUGCAUAUCAUUCAGUACGUCCCUGAUAGUUGAUUCUUUUAUUUAACAGUGAAUACAAUUUUUGUGUUUAGUACGAAGAAACAAUUUUAUAACUUCUUAAUCUAUUUUUCAUUUAMCUCUCAUGUGAAUUAUGAUUCAUGUGCUACUAAUAUCUAAAAAUAGAACUAUUCAACAUUUCAGUACAUAUUAAACAAUAUUAAUUUAUAAACAUAAUAAUUUAGUGCUUACAACAGUAUAGGUACUUAGUGCCAGCCAUCAGUAUGACUUUCAGUGUACUACUACCACCAUUUAGUCUUAUUUACCACAGUUUGAGAACCACCUUUAUAUUAUAAAAUAUAAAUUUUAACUUGAUAGUCUUAAAUAAUUUUUAAUGAUAAUCUUGUUAAUUGUAUAAAAUUUAAGACCAGUGAUACUCAACAUGUUUUUUACGGGUUAAUUCCUGAUUUGCCUACGCCCAAUUUUUAGUUGAAAUAAAAUAUGCAUAAUACGAUAAGGUAUUACUAAGAUUUAUAUGUUACAUUUUAUUGUUUGCUUGCAUGUAUACAAAAUUUUACUAUUUUGGCCCACCAUAAAAAAAAAGUUGGAUAUAGCUAGUUUAGAAGUGCAUAUAAUGUGUUAAUAUCAGAGUUCAUGGCUAUCACAAUUUAAAGCUCAUACAAGCGAUAAGUCUCUGAUGCUUUAUGUGUGCAUGUGUGAGGAAAACCAUWGCAUAUUUAGUUGUUGGUUGCUGAUUGAUAUUAAUAAUUACAAUUUUAGAACCAAAUGAUUAGUGAUCAAUUAAUAUUCCACACUAAACAAUAUCAACUAACAAAAAUUAUUAUAAAAUACUAAAAUCAACAAUAAAAAUUGUUAAGCAUGCUCACCUUAC